CUUAGCUGUGAGUAAUGAAACGGCCCUAGGCUCCGGGAGGAGGAGUUGUUUCUCAACAGCCACGGUAAGUAAAUGAGGUGUUCAGUGCUAAUGAAGCUGGUCUUAUGUCAACUAAUGGCGCAGAGUCAACGAAGAAAGUAAAGUCCUCAUUUAUUCACCUCUCAGUAAAGUCUUAAACGGUCACUUGUAAACUACUUAUUUACACCAGGACACAGUGCGCAGCAACGCCCCAGGGCUGAAAUUAAGCGCUCACUAUGUCUGAUGGGGACUAUGAUUACCUCAUCAAAUUCCUAGCGCUAGGUGACUCUGGUGUGGGAAAGACGAGCUUUCUCUACCAAUACACAGAUGGCAAGUUUCACUCCAAGUUCAUUACUACAGUUGGAAUAGACUUCAGAGAAAAAAGAGUGGCCUACAAAUCAACAAAUCCGGAUGGAUCUUCAGGUAGAGGACAGAAGAUCCACAUGCAGCUGUGGGACACUGCAGGACAGGAGAGGUUUCGGAGUUUGACAACUGCGUUCUUCAGAGAUGCAAUGGGUUUCCUCCUCCUGUUUGACCUCACAAAUGAACAAAGUUUCCUCAAUGUCAGAAACUGGAUGAGUCAGUUACAGAUUCACGCAUACUGCGAGAGUCCAGACGUUGUUUUGUGCGGUAACAAAUGUGACCUGUCAGAUCAGAGAGCAGUCCGUGAAGAGGAGGCCCGUGAGCUGGCAGAGAAGUACGGAAUCCCAUACUUUGAGACAAGUGCUGCAAAUGGGCAGAAUGUCAACAAGGCUGUGGACGUCCUGCUGGAUCUUAUCAUGAAGAGGAUGGAACGAUGUGUUGACAAGUCCUGGAUCCCUGAUGGGACUGUCAGAGUUAAUGGACCCACCAACCCAGACAUCUCAGAAGGCUCUGAUAGGAGCAAAUGUGCUUGUUAGAAUGAAUGAUGAUGGUUACACAUCUAUGUCCGUAAUACUGAGAGAAAAAAAAAAGAAAAAAGGAAGGCAUUUAAGGUUAACCGUGGAGUAUAUACAUUUACUGAUAAAGUUUAAUUUACAUGCUGUAUUAUUUGUCAGAGGAGAGAUAAGUGCCUUUUGAAUGUAGGCAUUUCAUUUGAAUUCAUAUAAUGGGUCUUUUUGACUAAUUAAUUUAUAUUCGGGAUAUUUAUGAAGUCUUGCAGAAAUGUCCAAUUUCAGUAAUCAGUCAGAUAUGCUGAUCAUAUUUACAUGUAUGAAUGUUGUUGUGCAAAAAGUCGAAGCAAACAGUACUGCCCUGCCAGGUGUGCUAUAGAUGUACUGUUAAUAGUCUUUACUCGCUGUAAAGUUAGCAUAGAUUCACACUGCAAUUAACUCAAGAAAGAAGCAUGUUUCUCUUUACAGCUAGAUAAAUGUUGACUGUGAUACCGGCAGUCAUGGUUUAAUGGUGGAUAUAAAUUUGCGAAGAAAUUUACUUUUAGGAAACUUUAGUAACAUACUAUUGAUGCUCCGCUAAAUACUGCACUCUCAUUGUUGCUUACAUUGACCAUCUAACAUGAGCUUGGUGGAUAAUUAUCCCUCAUGUAUUAUCUUUUCUAAAUCAAAGUUUGUACCAAAACGCAAUUAGAUAAUACUGGCUGGCCAUGUCAUUGAAAAUUUGUUAUAUACAGCAACAAUUUUGGCCAGAAAUUACAAACAUUGGUGCUCAGUAGUUUGAAAGAAGGAAUAAAUGUGUCAAAGUUAAAACUUAGCAGAAACUCAGGCAAUUCAGGUUGUCAUCCUGCUGUUUUUUUUAAAUCUCUUACUAUUAUUAGAGAAAGAAAUGUAAAUGCAAAAUCUUACUGUAGCUUUUGUAAAAAUUAAUAGCACCAGCUGGUAAAGCUGACCCUCAUUCCUCGGUAUAGCAAUUUUUUUUUUGUAUCAUUAUUCACCUGUGAUGAUGCCUUCAGUUUUAAAAUGUACAUGUUUUAAAUUAUACAGGAUUUUGCUCAGGCAAGAUCCUAGAUAUUCAUAACUUAUGCCCAGGACCCAAGAGGAUAACAACGGGAUAUUAGUUAUCACCUAAAACAAUCCCCAUCUCUGCUGCCAUUAUAAAAAUAAAUACACCUUUUUCCAAACAGAACUUCCAACUUCAGGGAAAAUGAGCACAGGUGCUAUUUCACACAGCAAAUGGUUUGGUUCGAUGAGUAGGGCUAUUGUUUAGGCCAUCAUCUCCUAAUUACAUUUAUCAUAAGACAAGAUGAACUAGGAUCUGAGGUGUAUAUUGCCUCAGCUAAACACAUUUCUGAUAGAAACCCUUUAUUCAAGUGUUAGAUGGAGUAAAACGAGGUUAGGUGCUUGAGGAUUAGUCCAUUUCUAAAUUCUCUAUGCCUUGCUACAUUAAUGAAGGCUAGGCUGUUGAAUUUGUAGAUUUUUAACCCCAAAUUUUCUUUAUAAGUUUUAUGAGUAAGACAGCCUGCAUUUCAGUUUACUUUUAAAAUCCUAAUGCUCACACUUUCAAAUCUGUUUAUAUUACUAAUGAUAUGUUAUAAUAUAUAUUUUAUUAACUUCACACACAAAUUCACAUUGUAUUGUGCCUACAUUGUCAUCCUUUGCUGUAUAAAAGGCUGAAAAUGAAGUUUUAGUAAAGUCCAUUUUAACAUGGACUCACUGUUUCAAUUCACAGAUUUGAAAAACUACCACUAA